GCUCAGCAUAUUAUGAUAACGUCCGUCCUUUGGCCUACCCGGACUCAGACGCUGUGCUCAUCUGCUUUGACAUCAGUCGCCCGGAGACCCUGGACAGUGUGCUCAAGAAGUGGCAAGGGGAAACUCAGGAGUUCUGCCCCAACGCGAAGAUUGUGCUGGUCGGCUGCAAGCUGGAUAUGCGGACAGACUUAAACACGCUCCGGGAGCUUUCCAAGCAGCGCCUCAUCCCUGUGACACAUGAACAGGGCAGUGCGCUGGCACGGCAGAUUGGGGCAGUGGCCUAUGCAGAGUGCUCCUCCAAGGUCUCAGAGAACAGUGUCCGGGAUGUGUUUCACGUGACCACACUUGCCUCAGUCAACAGGAUGCACAAGAACUUGAAGCGCAGCAACUCCAAACGCGGACUGAAGCGGGCAUCACAGAUGCCUGGCAGGACGGACUUACUGAAUGACACAGAGAUUCGGAAAGACCGAGCCAAGAGCUGCUCCAUCAUGUGA